AAGUCAGAGUUCAGUAUGGCUUCUGAUAUCAGCAUCCAAGUGUCCCCAGGGCAUUUCAUGCUACCUCUUCUAAUCAACAAGGAGAUCAACAUCGACACAACCGUCGUGGAGACGAAGUUACGAGAUCUCGAUCACUUUCUGAGAGUGAGGAUUGGGCGUCCCGAGGAGCUUGCCAUCCUCAACGCAAAGGGUCUGUUGAACCUCCGGCUCAACCGCUAUGAGGAGGCGCUGGAUUUAUUCCACGCAGUCCUGGCAAAAGACCCGGAGAACCUGAACGCCCUGGCCAACCUGCAAUAUGUCUUGGAGAAGCUUUUCAAAUUGGCCGAGGCAGGGAACUACAGGGAGAUGUGGUACCGUCUUCUUCACCCGGCUGAAAGCGCAACCCAAGAAGCUGUUUCAAUUGCUGAAGCACCGACGAAUCAAAGACGUAUUCAAGCCAGGUGCUUAGCCGAACAGGCCUAUGCACACACCUUCGACAUUCACAGCGAAAACGUCUCUGGGAAAAGGCACAUGCAGUCAGUAGAGCUGUAUCAGAAGGCUCUUCGAUUGGGUGGAGAAGAUGUCACCGAUAUAGAGCAACAUGAGUGGAAAUUUUGUCUGGCGAUUAAUGAACACAAACUUUUUACUCAUUUACCUUACUACAAUCAACCUAAUCAACCUGAUCAACAUCGUCCCAGGGUUCACCUUGAAAAUGCAGUGAAAUUGUUCUCUGAUCUUGUUGGAGGAGGGCGUUCUGUUGACAAGGAGAUUCAGUGGGAUAGCUGGUGUCAUUUGGGGGAUAUUUUCAGGACUAUGAAACAUAGACAUAUGCAACAAAAUGUGCCACAUGAGAUGAGAAAAUACACAAGGGAUCCGGAACAGUGUAUGACAAAAGCCAUGGAGAUCUCACCCGACAACCCGAGGCUCUUGGUGCGCUACGCAACCGUCCAUUACUCCCUCAACAAGGACAGAGGAAAAUCUCUUAAAUUACUGGACGCGUCUUUAAACAUCGAUGCCACUAACUGGAAAGCCCUGUCCACGCGAGCCACGAUCAAUAUGAAACAUUAUAACUCUCAGCAAACGCAAGACCGUCCUGAAAUGAGAGAGAUUCUGGACAGCGCCAAAGGUGAUCUUGAGAAGGCACUAUCCAUGAAUGUCACACCCUGGGACCUGAUCAAUCUUGGACAGGUUUAUUAUCGCCUUGCAAAAAAUCACACCAAAGAGGAAAUAGAUAAAAAGUCUCUCUUUCAGAAAGCCCUUGUAUGUUUCUCGAAGUCAGUAGAUUGUCCAGAUGGUAACAACAGAACUGACGUGCAUUUUAUGCGGGGCCUCUGUCUUUUUGACAUCGAGGAAAAAAGGGCGGCGAUCGGUUGCUUUAAGCAAGCGAUUGCAUGUGAAGCUCCGUACCUUACAAACACUCGUAACUUUAACGAAUUGCUCAGAGUAUACUUGAGCAUACUCCAAGAGGAAAAUCCCCCAAAGGACGAGUCUAUCCUGGCAGAGACAGCCUUUUCAUUGAAGAAGGCACUGAAGAAAUAUGGCCAACCUAAAAUAAGUAAGUUCUGCAUUAGUGAGUUCACAUUUGAGCACAAGAAAGAGCUGCAGUUGCUCUUGGGUUACUGUAGAAAGUACAGUGAACUUAAUGAACUCGUGUCUUUGUUGGAGAAAACAUCAUUUGCAACAGCACGUUCUCCACUGCACAUUCAUGAGACACCACAAGCACCGUUCGGUCAUGGCAUGAGGUCUCCGAAUGCUGGACGCCCUAUGCUACGUCUGUCGCAUCAUGAAGAGGCAGAUGACCCACAAGAAGAGGCGGGUAUGCAUAAUGUAGGAUCCGGAGCCAGCGCAACGGGUGGGGCAGCGGAGGAAGGAUGGCCAACCAUCCAAGAACCUGCAGAGGAAGUCAAGGGGCAACCAAUCAAGGAAGCACCAAAGGAGGCCCGCGUCCCUGAUUUCAAGUAUGAUUUCAUCGUGGUCUAUCCAAAGAGCGAGAGAGACUGGGUGUCCUACGACCUGCUGAACGAGCUGGAGGCGAUCCGGAACCUGAAGGGGUGUACGCGUGACAGGGAUGCCCUGGCUGGAUCAAUGAAGAUCUCAAGUGAGAUCAAUCUAAUGAAAGAAAGUGCCAGCAUCUUAUUGGUCGUCAAUCAAGAUUUCAUGUCUGAGUGCGAGGCUUCCAUGCACUACGCGCUCAAGCUGAGGAAAGAGAGUAGGCGCAGUCGUGUGGUAAUACCGGUGCUUCGGGACGACUCAGAGAUCCCUGAUGAAAUCGACAUGUUGUUGAACUCAUUCAAUGCAGCAUCUGGUCCAGUCGACUGGGACAGGUUGAAAUUUUGCAUCGAGCAACAAAUUUAGAACAGCUUUCCUCAUCACAAACGACACUCAUGUUACGGUCAUCUUUGUCGACUCGUACUUCUGUGUAGUAUUCCUUAUGUACGAAUACGUUUUUCAGGUAUUUGAGGUCUUCGCAAAACGAGGGGGGCACAAUCAUACUUUUGAGAUUUUUUAAAAGAAUUUCUAAAAUUCGGCGGAUAUGUUGAAAGCUAUCACAUGUACGUGCUGCGACAACCGCAGGAGCUAGGGCGCUUCACUUUUACGCGACUUUUGUUUGUCAAAAAGAGUAAUCGCGGGGGAUUUCUCUGUACUCCAUUCUACACUUUUACAUUUGAUACAACUAUUCUUCGAGUAAUACAUCCCAUAUUUAAAGUGUUAAUAAAACAGUAGCAGUAGUAGUGGCAGCAGUAAUAGCAGAAAGAAUAGCUGUACCAGACUCGCGUGUCUACCAUUAGCUGUAUCUAGCAGUAGCAGUAGCUGCAGCAGUAUAGCAGUAGUGGUAUUUCAUGUAGUAUAUAGCAGAAGUAGGAGCAGUAUAUGUAUAGCAGUACUGGUCCAGAGUAUCUAGCAAUAACAGUAACAUUAGCGGUAUCUAGUAGCAGCAGCAGUACGUAUAUAUCAGUAGCGGUAGCAUUAUUCUAGCAGUAGCGGUAGCAGCGGUAGCAGUAUGUAGCAGUAGUAUGAGCAGUAUGUAUAUUGCAGUAGCGAAAGCAGUGGCAGUUGCAAUAUCAAGCGGUAGCAGUAGCAGUAUGCAUAUGAC